AUGAACAUCAACUAUUUGAUACACGCGUCCGACUUGUUGCCCGCAUCGGUACUGGAAAAACGACAACCGAUAGAGACUAACAUAGCCCACAAAAGCACGAACCAACAGCUUAUAGCCGACGAAAAACCAGAACGGGUCAAGGACGAUGAAAGAACAGCAGACAAUCAUUGCAAGAAAUACGGCAAUAAUCCAACGCAAAUGCUUACGUCGACUAGUGCACCCAAUUUCCUUUUCAUUUCAACAAUGCCGUUGUCUCAUACGUCGUCAUGUGCUUUUCUGCCACCACCUAUCGAAUCCCUUCAUCUCGAAAAUCAUGGCCUUUGGCGUCAAUUUAGUUCCAUGGAAAAUGAAAUGAUAAUUACAAAGACUGGCAGAUGCUUAUUUCCUUCCCUGAAAUUCACGCCCAUUAAUCUCUCGCCAUCAGCAUCGUACUCGUUUGUCCUCGAUUUUAUACCAGUUUCGCACUCAAGAUUCAGGUGGAGAAAUGGCAAGUGGGUGUGCAUUGGAUUCGACAAAAGAAAUAAAAGAAGAAAAGAAAAUACCAUUGAACAUUCAAAAUCAGGAGGAAUUACACUAAAGUUUUCACCAGAAUUAACUACACAACAUAGUUUAGGCAAAGCCGUUAAACAAGAAUGCAGAACGGAUCAAGUUUUUGGUCACCCUUAUCUUCAGCCUGAAUCGCCGCAAUCGGGGCGGUAUUGGAUGGAAAGAGGCGUCAACUUUGCCAAAGUGAAACUGUUUAAUCGCACUAGCCUGUCAUCAUCACCCUCUUCUCUAUCAUGCCCAAACAAUUUCCCUAGCGGUUACUUUGGUUUGACGACAUUUUACAAAUACCAACCGCGUAUUCAAAUGGUCAAGCAUGGCCAAAAUAAUGACGUAAAAACGUUUAAAUUUGACGAAACAAUUUUUAUUGCUGUAACACAUUAUCAGAAUGAACAGGUAAAUGCGUUAAAGAAAGAGAACAACCCCCAUGCUAAAGGAUUUAAAGAAAGUAGAAGGAAAGACGAUGAGGAUGAAGAAAUAGAGUCUGAUCGCCAUAUAACGACAAUUGACAAUAUUUACGACAAAUCAGAGAGGUAUUAUGAAAACGAUUACAAUAAUGUUUAUGAUAGUACUGACAAUAAUGCGGCAAUCGGCAGCACUCUUUCCGCUACCAGCCAUUCUUUCGUCAAGCAGAAUCAAAUACCUCUUUUUUAUAGUUUCUACUCAACGCAAUCAGAUUGUACGCGCCAAAAAUUGCAUUAUGAUGAAGACGCUAAUAACCCGCAAAAUACACGUUAUAAUGCUGCACAACUGCAUGCAGAAAAUUACGGCAGAUAUUCAAAUUUGCGCUUGCUUGAUCAAUCGGCUUUGGAUGCUGGAGGUAAUGGCACACGAUCACAAGAUAUGCAUUCGGUUACUGACUUGCAAAAUGCACAUUUACGACCAAUGUUCUCCGACCAAGAACCAUGCAAUGUUCUUUCAUCACAGUUUCAUACGCCAACAAAACAAACCAGUUCCACGUCGAUUCCUUGUUACAGCACGCAAGUAACUUCGCACUCUUCUACACGCAAAUAUCACAAUUAUUCGACUAUCAUGGAUCUUUUGUCCAAUGUUUCAACGCCACCUUGCUCUCAGUCAUCCGUCACGGCCGUAUCUCCCUUGACACCCACCACUCCCACGUCUAUUCCCGUAAGAUUCGACAGUGUAAAAUUUCUGCCUAGUAUUCAAUCCAUUUUAUUCAACGAAAAACAGAAAAAAUUAUCCGUUUCGAUGUCUCCUAUCUUGGGUGAAGAUAACCACUUGGGUGAAGCUGUUCACGAUGUUGUGCAAAUAAGAUAUCACGAAAAAGGCGAAAACAAGGCCCGUGGGAACACUGACACGAAAGACAACGUUAGAACACUGGAAUAUGAGAACGACAGACUAAAAGAGUAUAUCAGAUUAAAGCUUGGUGCUGAUGCUAUCGAAGACGUUGUCGUUAUGGAUGAAACACGCCCAACAUUAUUCUUGACUCCACGAAAGCGAAGUCAUUUUUCGCUUUCGGAUUCUUCAGCUUCUUCUGAAGACGAACAUAGGCGCGGUGGUGAGACCGUCGGUGCUGGCGGCAGAGUUGGCGGCAGAAUGAAGGUCGCGCGUAACGGACACGCUAGUUCUGUUGAGCGGGGGAUUGUGUCUGCCGGGGCGCUGAUUAUGAGUUAUAGGAUUCUCCAAUUUUUGGGGAAUGACGUUGACGACGGCUCAUUUUAUGCAGUAUUAUUGAUGCCUAUUAUAGCUGGGGCAAAAGUAAUAGACGCUCGGAAAACAUACGGCGACGACAAAAUACGGAGAAAUGUAAUCAUAUCCGUUAUAACAAUGAGCGUUUUGUCAACGUUAGUAUACCUGGUAAUGUCAAAGAGUGGGUUACUCCCGUUAUUUGGAAAAUAUCCGUGGCCAAUUGCUAUCUUCUCCCAAAUAAUCUACCAUUCUACAUUAUAUUGUGCUGCAACAAUCUUAAAGCGGAGCUUCACUCUUGGUGAAUUAUCAAUUGUAUCCCAAUCUAUAACAUUUCUCGCGACUGAAGCAUCAGUUCUCACUUUGAAGAAGUAUCCCCUCCUUUCUCUUCCAGCGUUUGCAAGGAUUCCUCGCUCUCCGAUAAUACCAUUUCACAUCGGCUUAAUGUUGGGUGUCCUUAUCGUUGGUAUAUUGAUCUCGCCGGUACUAAUGAGAUCACGCAGAUUGGCCCAGCAGCCAAGUUGGAGGAGCAAACAUUUUAGAGUGGUUGCAAACGAGAAGAAAUUUGUAGGAUUUGUAGUGUUUUUGGGGAGCAUAUUCGUAAUUGUAAGUGGCAUCGGGCAGUGGGUCGAGCUGAUGAUUGAGGAGAAUCCGUAUUUUUGGGUGAUUAACUUUGUAAUCGAGUCACCCACACGAAUCAUGCUUGUGUGUUACUGGAUCUUCACCGUAGUCGCAGCUAUUCUGGUGUAUAUUAAUUUGAUAUAUUCGAGGCGAAGUUUUUCGUUAAACACCAAAAGAAAGUAUUUUCAUGGAUUGGCGGUUUUGUUGUUUAUACCUGGCUAUUUUCUCGAGCCCGAUUUCAUAAGUCUCGCCUUUAGUGUUGCAGUUUCUGCCUUUAUCUAUUGUGAAUAUUUGAGAUAUUUUGCAGUGUACCCCGUCGGUGCCAAACUUCAUAUAUUCCUGAGUGAGUUUGUAGAUAGUCGUGAUUCAGGUCCAUGUAUUUUGAGUCAUAUGUAUUUAUUAGUCGGAUGUGCGGCAUGUGUAUGGCUGCAAGGAAAUUCACCUAUUGCUUCAGUAUCAGGAAUAAUUACUCUUGGACUUGGUGAUGCUAUGGCAUCAAUAAUAGGAAAGAAGUUUGGUAAACAUAGAUGGUCAGGUACCGUGAAAACAAUAGAGGGAUCGUUGGCAUUUCUAAUUGUUGAUUUACUGGGAGGAUAUCUCGUUGGGUUGCUUAGUGGGCGUCCAAAUCAAUGGAUUCCAUACAUUAUUGUUGCUGUUGCAUCCACGCUUUUGGAGGCAUUUUCUCUUCAGAAUGAUAAUCUGAUAAUUCCUCUGUUUAUGUGGCCUAUGAUUAUCUUAUUAUCGUAA